ACAGACGCUUUCUUUCAGCAAGCGCAUAAUCGACGCCGCCGCCACAUCAGAAACAACAAUUUGUCUCGUUUAGAAAAUAAAUAUAAAUCUUGAUUAUUAUUGCUGUAUACCGAAGAACAAAAAAAGAUGAAUGAACCAGGAAUAGACCUGACAGGGAAGUUGAUAAUAAAAGUAGCACUUGGGGAUGAUAUACGGAGAAUCUUGAUCACAAACGAAGACAUUACUUAUGAUGAACUUGUUCUUAUGAUGCAGCGAGUCUACAGGGGCAAACUGAGCUCAAAUGAUGACAUAAUGAUUAAAUAUAAGGAUGAAGAUAAUGAUUUAAUAACCAUAUUUGACAGCUCGGACCUCAACUUUGCCAUACAGUGUAGUAGAAUUUUAAAAAUAACCUUAUUUGAUACAGCCGUUGACACCGAACUAAAUGGUAAACCAGAACCUUUACAGACAGAUGAAAUAAAGAUGAUAAAAUCUGAGUUAAAACAUAUUCGAGAAAGAUGUAAUCAGCUAUUAGAUAAACUAGAUGACAGACAGCCAUAUGAUGCUUCUAGCACGACAGUAGAUAGUAGCUCUUCUAAAGUUGUACCACCAAAAAUUUCUGAGAGUCCACAGAGAGCAUCGCCAAGACCUAGUGCUGUGCCGCAGACGAGUCAAGGUGGUAGUAAAGAAUUUGAUCCUCUGUCUAGUCAGAGAUCAGCAGGCGACCAACAGAAUAAAGUUAUGUCAUCUUUUGGUAUUUCAAAUGAUGAUCGACCUGGAACUCCAGACAGCAUUUCAAGUAUUGGAUCAUCAUCAAGUAGACAGCAACAACAACAAGGUCCUGGAGUGCCGACACAACAAGGUGGACAGGCACCAUAUACUGCAGGUUCAGCUCCAGGAAGUGGACAAAAGAUUCCUCCCUGGCAACAGCAACAACCUGGCACCCCAACAGCUUAUCAUCAAGGGCCACAAGAGUUCAGUCCAGCACUAAUGUCGGCCCAGACAUUCCCAGCACACAUUGGUAGAGGCCAGAACACAUGGGCAGGAAUAGAAGGACCACAUGAAUUUAAUAGUUAUCAGAGGUCCUUAAUGCAAUCUCAUACGUAUACAGGGCACGAACAUGAACAACAUGAAUCCAGCACCCACACACCUUCACCUCAUCCAAGUUAUGCAGGAGGUGCCCAGCAGCCUCCUCAGCAACAACAACAACAACAUCCUGGCUAUCCUCCUCAGAGCUCACAGCCAGGGACUGUACAGCCACCAACAUCACAAUAUGGACAAGGAUACAGUCAAGCGGGUCAGACUGGGGCACAGCCUGCAGCCCAGCCUGGACAACAGCAACCUGGGUACCAACAGCAGGGAUAUGGGAUGGUGAUGCCACCACAACAACAACAGCCAUUGCCUUCACAGCAGCCGCAAUCACAAGGAGCUCCUGGACCAGUUCCACAGCAGCAGCAGCAACAACAAGUUCCCCAGGGGAGCCCCUAUGGUGGAUACCAACAGCAGGCUCCACAGCCAGGAGCCGGGGCAGCACAAGGACAGGGACCCCCAGGCUCAGGUAACCCAUAUGCGAGUCAUGGACCUAGGUAUGGGGCUGGAUACCCACGACCUGCGGGCAACUAUCCACAAGGAUACCAAUGAAACUGUUUCUAUGAAGAAAGUCAGUUUUUACCGCCACCAUCAAAACAGGUCAGACUAGAUACAGGACAUUUGCACUAUUAUCAAAAUACUUGAUGUCUACAUAACUUUUAUUUAACCUUCAUUCCGCUUGAAAAAUUCAGAGAUUUUAUCUUUGGUCCAGCUGUUUGAGUGAAUAUCACAAAUAUCAGAGUUGGUGAAUAUCACAAAUGUCAACAGUUUGUGAAUAUCACAGAUGUCAGAAGUUCGGGAAAUUACUCAUGUCACAGUUUGUGAAUGUCAUGUUUUGUUAAUGUCAUAAUUUAUAUAUGUCACACUUUGUGAACAUGAAGUGAAAUAACUAAGAUCUGAUGGAAUUGCAGAUAAAAUUCACAAGGAGUUGUGUUGGUGAAAUUAUUAUCUUCAACAAAUUCUUGUAUAAAAAGGAUGUAUAUUUUGUAAUGUGUCUAUAUGUGCUUAUAUAAAGUGUUCAUAUCGUUAAAUUAAAAGAGUUGUAUAUUGACAAUAUGAGGACAGGUGCAGAAAUGCAUUCCUAGGACUAAUUGAAAUGGACUGGGGAUAUAUUUUGACCAAAAAAUGAUUGAUCAAAGAAUUUUGCCAAAAAUUACUGCCGACUUUUACUCUUAUAAUUAUCUGUAAGGAACAUAGCUGGAGCAACGUUGAAACUUUGCAUUGUUUAAUGGGCAGACCUCUAGGUGAAUGGAGAUUUACUACAAGUACACACUUACUCAUUUGAAAUUGCAACUUCUCAAAUAUCUUUGGGUUACUUUGUUCAAAUAGAGCUUAGUUUCAUUUUUACAGCACCCUUUUACUGUGUGAUCCACACAGUAAAGAGACCAUUGCAUGUUUUAUAGACUACAGUGACGUUUCUGCAAGCAAAUACUCAAGAAACCAAACAUAUUGCUGUCUUACAGUUACCUGCAAAUGAAAAUCACUAUUUUCCGAGGCUUGUCCCUUUUUCUUGUUAUAUAAUGUGUUUGGUAAGAUAAAAAAAAUAUAGAAAUAUAAAAUAAAAUGACAAUAUGUAUGCGUGCAAUAGUUAUUUAGUUAUUUUAAGCAAAUAAGUGCCACAAUCAUAAAGGCAUUAUGUUUUUAAAUGUAAAAAAUGUUGAGAACAUUUGUGUUGAAAGGAAAUAUAACAAAUUUUGUAUUUGAAA